AUGUCAAUUAUAUCAGAUAUCAUCAAUGAUCUUAAGAGUAAUAUAUAUGCAUCGCUACAGAACUACAAAGCAAAUGACAUUCAUGUAAACGUAACGAACAAAUCGAACAAGAUUCUAACUGAUUUCGAGAAAUCAUUCUCUACGAUCAAAAUGAAAGAAUUUAACGAUAAUCUUCGAGAAGAGCAGGAGCAACGUGGAAUUGUUACAGCUUUUAAUAUUAAUGUUACAUCUGCCUACACAGUUAAAGCUUUGGAGGGUGGAAACGCAAACCGCACAGAUGAUACUGCAUACACCACAGGCGAAAAGCCAUAUGAAAUUUCGGUUAAUGAAGUCUUAGAUUCUACUUCAUGGAUUACUUGGGAGUAUAUCGACUUUUUGAAAUAA